AUGUUGCUUCCUCAUGUUCCCUUCGGCUUUGAAUAUUUGCACAAGUCACAAAACGAGACUCUCUCCCGAGCGUCAAGCACCACCUGCAAAACCCCCCAAUUCCCACUCUUGACGCAGAACAUUCUAGAAAUUCUCGGUCUCUCUGUCCCAAAUCUCUUCCUCUUCCAGAAGAAAAAGCUAUACCCUUUGGGAGACUCCAUCAUCAUCACACAACUCUUGCCAAAGGAGCUAGUAUUGGUUUUUGAUCUGUACGGUGUUGGUUUACGUAAAGCCUUUGAAGCACCCAACCUUGUAAAGGAGCUUAAUCUAAAGAGGCCGGGCAAUGCAAUCUUGGUAAUACUUAGAAGUUUGGACACCUACCCUAUAGAGUAA